UGCUGCCGCGGCGGGCGGACCUGCAGGAGGCGGCGGCGGCCUCGGCCGAGAGAAGAUGGCGGACGGCGUGGACCACAUAGACAUCUACGCGGAUGUGGGCGAGGAGUUCAACCAGGAAGCUGAAUAUGGUGGGCAUGAUCAGAUAGAUUUGUAUGAUGAUGUCAUCUCUCCAUCUGCAAAUAAUGGAGAUGCCCCAGAAGACCGUGAUUACAUGGACACUCUCCCACCAACUGUUGGUGAUGAUGUGGGUAAAGGAGCAGCACCAAAUGUUGUCUAUACAUAUACUGGAAAGAGAAUUGCAUUGUAUAUUGGAAAUCUAACAUGGUGGACAACAGAUGAAGACUUAACUGAAGCAGUUCAUUCUUUGGGAGUGAAUGAUAUUUUGGAGAUAAAAUUUUUUGAAAAUCGGGCAAAUGGCCAGUCAAAGGGGUUUGCCCUUGUUGGUGUUGGAUCUGAAGCAUCCUCAAAAAAGUUAAUGGAUCUGUUGCCUAAAAGAGAACUUCAUGGUCAGAAUCCUGUUGUAACUCCAUGCAAUAAACAGUUCCUGAGUCAAUUUGAAAUGCAGUCCAGGAAAACUACACAAUCAGGACAAAUGUCUGGGGAAGGUAAAGCUGGUCCUCCAGGAGGCAGUUCACGUGCAGCAUUUCCACAAGGUGGUAGAGGACGGGGCCGUUUUCCAGGGGCUGUUCCCGGUGGGGACAGAUUUCCUGGACCAGCAGGACCAGGAGGGCCACCCCCACCUUUUCCAGCUGGACAGACUCCGCCACGUCCACCCUUGGGCCCUCCAGGCCCACCUGGUCCACCGGGUCCUCCACCUCCGGGUCAGGUUCUGCCUCCCCCUUUAGCUGGGCCUCCUAAUCGAGGAGAUCGCCCUCCACCACCAGUUCUUUUUCCUGGACAGCCUUUUGGGCAGCCUCCGCUGGGCCCGCUUCCUCCCGGCCCUCCACCUCCAGUUCCAGGCUACGGCCCCCCUCCUGGCCCACCACCUCCACAACAGGGACCACCUCCACCUCCAGGCCCCUUUCCACCUCGCCCACCCGGCCCUCUUGGGCCGCCCCUUACACUUGCUCCUCCUCCGCAUCUUCCUGGACCACCUCCAGGUGCCCCACCACCAGCUCCACAUGUGAACCCGGCUUUCUUUCCUCCACCGACUAACAGCGGCAUGCCUACAUCAGAUAGCCGGGGCCCACCGCCAACAGAUCCGUAUGGCCGACCCCCACCCUAUGACAGGGGUGACUAUGGGCCUCCUGGGAGGGAAAUGGAUACUGCAAGAACGCCAUUGAGUGAAGCUGAGUUUGAAGAAAUCAUGAAUAGAAAUAGGGCAAUCUCAAGCAGUGCUAUUUCAAGAGCUGUAUCUGAUGCCAGUGCUGGUGAUUAUGGGAGUGCUAUUGAGACAUUGGUAACUGCAAUUUCUUUAAUUAAACAAUCCAAAGUAUCUGCUGAUGAUCGUUGCAAAGUUCUUAUUAGCUCUUUGCAAGAUUGCCUUCAUGGAAUUGAAUCCAAGUCUUAUGGUUCUGGAUCAAGACGUGAACGAUCAAGAGAGAGGGACCAUAGUAGAUCACGAGAAAAGAGUCGGCGUCAUAAAUCCCGUAGUAGAGAUCGUCAUGAUGAUUAUUAUAGAGAGAGAAGCAGAGAACGAGAGAGACACCGGGAUCGGGACCGAGACCGGGACCGAGAACGGGACCGAGAGCGCGAGUAUCGUCAUCGUUAGAAGAAGCUGAAGGAAGAGGAACACCUUCCAAGACAAAACAGUCUUCAUGGGGGAAAAAUGACGCUUGUCCAGCAGUUUGCUUCUUGUGAUUGAACUGAACCUGUAAGGAUUCAUGGAUAAAAUGAACAGGAAUAGAUCUGAAUAAAGCAAAUCUGCAUAAAUGGUAA